CACAUCUUCACACUCUGCAUCGCAUUGCAACUGCUUCUGCUUUCGAUACUCGCAUCAUUGAAAGAACCGCUCACUUUCGCCUGUCCUCGAAUUAUACUCUUCGACUGAAUUUGUUGUGCUCGCCUUUCGACCAAGCAUUGUCGCGCCCUUGUUUCAGCCGCUGCCUUCGUCAAUUGAGAACCAGGGCCGUCUCAGUGCCAGACAGCGUCCUAUCCCUUGAAGGUCCAUAGAGACUGGACGCGUAUUUCAACAAAAACCUGGGAAUCUCCCAUCGCGUGUGAUCAAACAUUAUGGCGACAACUCCUCCGCCAUCUUCGCGGUCAGGCCUGCAGACUCCCCCGCCGCCCUCCCCGUCAAGCUUGCGGGUUCCUUCUGCACCGCUGUAUGGGGCUAAAAACGACCAAUAUGAGCCAUAUCCGCCUCGAUCAUCAGCUAGAAUAGCAAGUCAGCGUGCGGCUAGAUCAAUGGAGAGAACACCCGAACCAGUUUGCCCAACCUCGCCAAGCAAGAUGCGAUCUCGAGGGUUGCCGAAGAAGGGCCCGAGAGUCGAUGGGGAGACCGGCAGAAACUGGAAGGCAUCAGCAAGUGACGCCCUGUCCAGACAGCAAACCAACUUCUCGUUAUCGAUAAGCGAGUCUGCCUCCGAUAUUUGCGAAUCCCCUCGACGUCACCUUUCUUCUUCCUCUCAUCCUCGCUCAGCAGGGACGCAGGCCUUGCCGACUCCUGCUAAAACCCCAUCCAAGCGAUCGAUCCAAGGCGAUUUAUCAUCUACUUCUCGUUCUCUCUUCCCAUCAACAAGCAAGAUGUCGACCAAGAAACCAUCUCCUUUCUCACUGGAGAGCUUUGAGACAUCUGCUUCUGAUGAGAUCCAAAUCUUCACCGACUCCCGUGAUCGCAUCCCCGCACCUGGGCCGGUAUCUGGCAACCCUUUUACUUCACAGGCCGAUGCUGUCAAGAGCUCCAGUCCCGUUAAGCGGGGUAAGAGGGCUGCUCGUACCCAGGAAACUGGUGACGGUUCCAGCUCGGAGCGUAUUCCGGUCACUGCUGCUAGACGCCGCCGAAAAGUCCCUAACGAUGAUGACUCCUCGCCCAACCCAGAGGAAGGAAUCACCAUGAUUUUCCGUGGUAAGAAGGUCUUCACCAGGUUCUCAGAUCUGGAAGAGGAGGAUGAGGAUGAGGAUGACCUGGGUCUCUUUGCUACGCGCCCAGACCUGCUGGCAGCCAACCCAGACAUUCUGAAGCGGGCCAAGCCUCUCACCCGCAACUCCAUCAAGCCCCGUAUCCUCUUCCCUGGUGCGACAGAGGGCAGCCGUCCCCUUGAGGAAGAGGAUGCUACCGACGAAGAGGAUGUCGAGGUGGCUGAGGCUCCGGUGUCUGAGGUGCAGGUGGCUAAGACCCAGGUCCCUCCUACCAAGGUCCAGUCGUCGAUGGUGACACCUGCCGUUACACCUGAGUCGCCGGAAAUCCCUCAAGCUCCUGGUGCGACUCGUCUUCUGCGAUCCAGCGCCCGGUUCGCAACGCAGGGUGAGGAGACCCCCACUGGUACGAACUCCGCAGACACCAAGCGGAAGCGUAUCAGUCCUUUCGAUCAGUGGCUGCGUAAGAAGCAGGCCAUUGAAGAACUGUCUUCCCCUGCCCCACCUGCGAAGCGUGAGGCCGACUCAUCGGAUGACGGCCCGGUGACCCCACACUCGGCCAAGAAGACCCGCAGUACUCGGGGAGGUGCUUCUACGGCUUCUUCGUCUUAGUCUCACUUCUAUGCUCACUACUACACUCACAGUAGUUAGAGUGACGACUCUGUUUGCCUCGAAACGAUUUUUCAUUGACAUGGUGCAUCGGUCAGCGACUUUUUGCGUUUUCUGCUUUUCUUCUUUGUGUCCUGCCAGGUUUAUUUCUCUCGCCUGCAGGAGGAGUCUUUGCGUCUUGGGAUGCCGGAUGCACGACAAUUUGUUUUUCGCAGCGGCCAUGCUGCAUAUCACCUUCCGGAUUCUUCGUGGCGUCAUUUUUUUUCUUUCCCCUUUUUCCUUUGAUUUGUCUUUUUCUUCCUUUCUCCGGCGAUUUAAUGUUACCCCUUGGUCAUGACAUGCGUGUCGUUUCAAGCACUGAAUUCUUCUGCUUCAACUUGGCGCGUGGGUUGGGAUAAGGGGAAAUCAGGAUACCAAGUACCUCGUGUCUUUUCUGGGAAUGGGUCAGGGGAGUUUGAAUUCUGCUUUUUGCGGUCGUUUUUUGUUUUCUGGUUCUUCUUUUCUGCGAUUGUGUUCCGUUUCAUUAGCAUAUCUUUCCCUGGCUCUGUGGGAUUGUUGUUCGGACAUAAGUGGAUAGAGGAGAGAAGCCGGUGGUGUCGCUUGCCUGUCAAUGAACAAGAGCACUCACAUGAUGAAACAUUCUGAUCCUUGUAGACCUCAAAGUACC